CAUACUUGUGAACCAUCUCGUGAACCCAUACAAAUUUCAGUUUUUGGUUCACCCGUGAACUUGCUCGUGAAGCUGAGUGGAGAACAAAGUGGAGAGUUUUCGUUCACGGGCAAUUCACGUGCAAAAUGUACGGGAACUGUUGGUGAAGCUUUGACAUUUGGUUUCGGCAUUUUAAAGUUUGUGGCUGCUUGCGCGUUUUUCUGAAAAAAAAAAGUUAAAAUGGUGUCAUAUGAAAUACAAUACCUAUUUGAAGAUUCAAAAGAUGAAGUUGACGAUGUUGGCCUCUCAAAAACAGCAACAUAAAACAUGUAUAACACAUCAAAAAAGAGAAAUAAGAGAAAGCCGACAUCAGAUGAGGACAAAAUCAAGCUCUCCGGUUUCAUCAAAGACGAGGAUGUGAUCCACAAUUUAAAGAACAAGUUGCACGCGAACAAAAAUGCUGUCAGCGCUGCUUGGAUGCGUGUGGCCAAGAAAAUGGACAGAAGUGUUGAUGACUGCCGAGCCAUUUACAAAAGCAUCCGAGACAGCCUACGCCACAAACACAAAAAAGUUUGUGGAAAAUCGGGAGACAGUGGCGACGAAAUGUUCUUUGGUGAAACCGGGUGCUCUGAACUGAAUGACGCUUUGGCAUUCCUCACGCCAACCUCGUCCAAGUUUCCUCGGUCCACUAUAAUUAUGGGUGGCACAGAGGAGGAAACAAAGUCUUUAAGUGAAGGGGAGUCAAGUUCGGCAAUAUAUAAAUAUGCUUCAAAGAGAGGAAGCAACACACCAGAUGCGCUGGAAGCAUCAGUGUCCGACUUGACAAAGACACUAAGCACAUUUGUCCAACAAAAUUCGGCUGCUUCGAAAUCUGAAUUAAAGUUCGAAUAUAUCUGGAAAAACCUCGACGUACUUUUCCAGAAAUUGUCGGAGGAUGAUGUAGUUGAUUUAAAUCAGCAAUUCAUUACAAUGACCUGCGAAAAAAUUAAAAGUGUGUCAUUGGAAUGA